AUGAAGAUCUUUCUUCUGGGAGCCGUGCUCGCUGCGGCGCAGAGCGUCACCGCUGCCCUAGAUGAGUCGCUCCUUGAGACCUAUGUUGGCUCGCUCGAACUCACCUCUUCGUUCAACCCCGUCGAGGAGGCCUACUGGACUGGGUAUGCUCAUCACCGACGUACCCCGUUCGCUGUUUCCCCAGAUGGAGAAUCGGCUUACCUUGCCUAUCUGGACUCGAGCGAGACGGACGUCCACGUCCAGAAGGUGGACCCUAGCACGUUCAAGGCAGUGGGGUCUACUGUUACCGUGACUGGCGGAAAAGAAGCCGGCGGUCUGGUCGCCCACAAUGACGGCUUCGCUCUCCUCACCAACGAGGCCAUGCCCUCCGGAACCUCCAAUGCACCACCCGACAACACUCCUGUCGCUGCUCUCUACCGUUACACCAACGGCAAGCAAACCUGGAAGACCUGGCUCGGUGGCCCCGACGUCGAAUCAGCCGACGGCUCCCUCGCUUCCCCUGACAUCAACGGCGACCUCGUCUACUCUGCUGAAGCCGGUCUCUACGGCGCCUAUUUCGUCGUGACAGCCUACUCUGGCUCUGCCUCCGGCCACUUCGGCGACAGCAUCCAAUACGUCAAUGACGCCGGUAAACUCCAGACCAUCUCCGGUGCAACCAGCACCUGGGGAUGCAGUCACAACACAGGUAUCGCGUUCGAAGAAGCCUCCGAGGCUCCCUUCGCCAGUAUCUGCGCCGAAGACCAGGGCGCCAUCUGGCUCAACACUAAGGGGCAGGGAAUGACAACCGAAGGCGUCAAGAUCUCCAACGAGAACACCACCAACGGUGCCUCCGGUGAACCCAUGGGUGGUAUGGGCGGCAGCUACAGCGCCCUCGUCAAAUUCGGCGAUAGCUCGCGGUACAUCUUCGCGUGGCCCUCUCGCGGCGCUGUCCAGGUCACCGAGAACGACUGGAUGGGUGCUGGGUACACGCACGUCCUCCCCCGCAACGAGAACCGCAACGUCGCCGUCACGCUUUUAUCCGACAAGAACACGCUUGUCGGAAAGCAGGCGACCUCUGAAGUCGGUGCCCAGGAUGCCGAUAGCCAGAUUACCUGGGUCACUGAGGGGAAGGCCGAUCACUCCAACGUCCGCGUUGCCGCGUUCGGCGCCGACAGUGCCCUCAUCACCUGGGAGCAGAUUGACAACCCGACCUGCGAUGAGUUCAUUGCCAUGGGUUGCAAGGGUGCGUUCUCCGGAACGUACUUUCAACAGAUUGACAAGAAUGGCAAGGCUGUGGGAACUGCUCUCAACAGCUCUGAUAUCUACGUCGCUGGUGACCUCGUGAACAUCGGCGACCGGAUCUGCUGGCCGUACGUGAGCAUGGAGUGGGACCUGGCUGACACCGUUGGUGGAUAUGGUGGACAGUCGACUGACACUACGAAGAAGAUUAGCUUUGCCUGCAUUGGGCUGAAUGGUUCGGAAGGUAGUUCUAGCUCCAGCUCUGGAUCUGGCUCUGGCUCUGCUGCUGCGAGUGCAUCUGGAUCUGGAUCUGAAUCGGCUUCUGCCACUGUGUCUGCCUCUGAUGAUGUCUCCGUAACUGCGUCCGGCACCGAGAACACGCAGGUUGCCGCCCAGACUACUGGUGCCACCACUGAGACUGCCACCCAUGGUGAAGCUAGCCUACCCACUGGAGCUGAUGUCACUGGCGAGUCAGCUGAGACCACCACUACCGGUGAAGCUGCCACGGCCACUCCUACCCGCAAGCCGGGAAAGUGCAGGGCUCACUAUAACCACUAG